AUGCCCUCUUUCUUCCUCUUCUGUCCUCACGUCCAGCAGCCAUCUCGUCUCACCCCACAGGGCCGUCUCUUCUCCCUCACCCUGUCCCCCUGCCCCAGCGAAAAGUUCAAUCUUUGCAUUUUCAUUGUGGUCGCCUCAUGUAAGUUUCAUUUGGUGCCUCUCGCGCUUCCUCACUCAUCCCUGCUCCCUUGCCACAUCCACGACAGGAUCCGUAGCUCCCCAGGUGAAGGAUGGCCCCGGCAGUUCGACACUGACCCCUGCACAGGUAGCAGGAGACACACUAAUCCAUCUCUGCCCGACAGUCUCCUACACCUAUCUCUCCACAUCCCGAUCGCCCACCUGUUUUAA